GCGUCGACUAUGGUUUCCAAUGCAAAUUAUUAAAAAUACACAAGCAUCUUCUGUGCAAGUUUACACAUCAUCGCAUUUAUUUACAAAACUUUAUAUAUAAAAUAUAAAAUAUAAUUUAUGUAUUAUAUUUAAAUAUAAUUAAAUAAAAGUGUUAAAAUGGGAGUACCAGCAUUCUUUCGUUGGUUAAGCCGUAAAUAUCCAUCAGUAAUUAUAGAAUGCAUCGAACAAAAGCCGAUAAAUGCGGAUGGUGUUCAAGUACCGAUAAAUACAACGGAGCCAAAUCCGAAUGGAGUUGAAUUUGAUAAUUUGUAUCUGGAUAUGAAUGGAAUCAUUCAUCCCUGCACUCAUCCUGAGGACAAACCAGCUCCUAAAAAUGAGGAUGAAAUGAUGGAGGCGAUUUUUGAGUGCAUCGAUCGGCUGUUCCGUAUCGUGAGACCAAGAAAACUCUUGUACAUGGCCAUUGAUGGUGUGGCGCCAAGAGCUAAAAUGAACCAGCAGAGAUCUAGGAGGUUUCGUGCAUCGAAGGAAACGAAUGAAAAAAUAAUUGAAAUGGAUCGAAUUCGCUCGGAGUUGGCUUUAAAAGGCGCGUAUUUGCCGCCAGAAAAACCUAAAGAAGAUCAUUUUGACAGCAACUGUAUUACACCUGGUACUCCAUUUAUGGCCCGUUUAUCAGCUUGCUUACACUACUACAUACAUGAAAGAUUAAAUAACGAUCCGGGAUGGAGAGGCGUAAAAGUUAUCCUGAGUGAUGCCAACGUACCCGGAGAAGGAGAGCACAAAAUAAUGGAUUUUAUCAGACGACAAAGGGCGCAACCUGAUCACGACCCUAAUACUCAACACGUAUUAUGUGGAGCUGACGCAGAUUUAAUAAUGUUAGGACUGGCAACUCACGAGCCUAAUUUUACGAUUAUUAGAGAAGAAUUCAAACCCAAUAAGCCACGACCAUGUGACAUCUGUGGGCAAUUGGGCCACGAAAUGAAAGAUUGCACUGGAGCAGAACCAGAUCAAGCCAAAGAAGUGAUGGCAUUUGGAUCCGAAUGCGCAUUUAUCUUCGUGCGAUUAAAUGUUUUGCGUGAAUAUUUAGAACGCGAAUUACAAAUGCCAAAUUUACCGUUUAAAUAUGACUUCGAACGCGCUAUUGAUGACUGGGUAUUCAUGUGUUUCUUUGUAGGAAAUGAUUUCCUACCGCACUUACCCUCGCUUGAAAUAAGAGAAGGCGCAAUAGAUCGACUUGUAAAUUUGUAUAAGAAGACAGUUUACAAAACAGGUGGAUUUUUAACCGACAGCGGUGACGUUAAUUUGGACAGAGUCCAGUUGAUUUUAUCAGAUUUGGGCGAAGCGGAGGACGAAAUUUUUAAAAAACGACAAGCUAAUGAAAUAGCUUUUAAACAGCGUGAAAAAUCUAAGAAAAGACGACUAGAAGCUAUCAGUAAUUUUAAACCCAGCUGGAUACCGACCGGUCAAUUCGCUCCGACUUUGCUGGGUCAGGAUGUCAAACCUGUACAGAAUGCUAGACAUGAAGCCUAUCAAAUGCGCAUGCAAGGCCGCAAUUAUAACACGAGUUCUACUGAACGCGCACUUGGUACAGUCAAUGCAGCAACCGGAUUGCAAGCAAUGAUGGUACCGGAAAAUCAGAAAAACUUUGGAACCAAACGUAAACGCGAAGACUCUGAUGAAGAAGAAGAAGAUUAUCAAGCCAAUGAUGAAGUGAGACUGUGGGAAGACGGGUUCAAAGAUCGUUACUAUGAAUCUAAGUUUGAUGUUAAGGCGGAAAAUCUUGAGUUCAGAAAUAACGUAGCUCUUCAUUACGUUCGGGGUUUAUGUUGGGUCUUACGUUACUAUUAUCAAGGAUGCGCAUCAUGGAAAUGGUAUUUUCCUUAUCACUACGCUCCAUUUGCAAGUGAUUUUGUAAAUAUCAAUGGUCUUUCGACAGAGUUUGAAAAAGGGACGGUGCCAUUCCGUCCAUUGGAACAACUGAUGGGUGUAUUUCCAGCAGCUAGUAGUAGUCAUGUUCCAAAACCUUGGGCGUCAUUGAUGAGUGAUCCUAAGUCACCGAUAAUUGAUUUUUAUCCAGAAGAUUUCAAAAUAGAUCUUAAUGGUAAAAAAUUUGCUUGGCAGGGUGUUGCCUUGUUGCCAUUUGUUGAUGAAGUGAGAUUGUUUAAAGCAUUGGAACCUUAUUAUGACUGUCUAACUGAAGCUGAAAAAAAACGUAACGUGAAAGGUGACGAUAGAUUGUAUAUUGGACCCGGUAAUUCUGGAUAUGAUUUAAUAAAAGGACUGUAUAAAAAUAAAGUAGACUUUAAUACAGAGACUGAAAUAUCAAUUGAUGGGAUGCGAGGUACUGUUUUACUAGCCGAAGAUUGUGUGAAUGAAGGUGGUACUUUACCUUCACCUGUCAACGGCUUACCAGUUCGAAAUAAUCAAGUUUAUUGCGUAAGAUUCCGUGACCCCAUGUUUAGCAGCCAUCAUAUUUUCCCAGCUAAACGUCUAAAAGGUGUAAAGGAACCUCCUCGUGUGUUGAAACCUCAAGAUUUUGAGCAAAUGCAUAAUCGCGACGGUAAAAAUCCAUGGGUACCAAGAACCGGUUUCUCAGCACCAACUCAGAAAGCUUUGCUGGGCGAUCCAGGACAUCGGAUGCUUGGACAUCAUGUUAACAGGAAUCAAGGACAAUACUCAGCGGUUCCUGCUCCACAGAAUUCCUACAAUCAGCCUCGUGGUUACUCAAGUGGUUAUCAAACAUCGUCAGGUCAAAGUGGUUAUUCGAGUUAUUCCGGUAACAAUUUAGGGAAUAAUUCUGGUCAUCGUCAAAAUUAUCAGCCACGCAACAACACCGGGCCUUGGUCUACCGGUUACGGAAUGCCGAAUGCUCAAUAUCAACCUCGUUACCAGCAAUCAAAUCAGCAACAAUAUAUGCACCAUCAAAAUUCUUACAGAAACAAUUUAAAUCAUCAUCAAGGGUCUGGUAACUAUUCAUCAAAUUACAAUCAAGACAGAAAUAAACAGUACAACCAAUACGGUGGGGGCGGAAACAGACGUAACCGAUAAAAAAUCAUGAGUGCAAUUAAAUGCAAUUAAUGGGUGGGGUAUAUAAUAUAUAUUAAGGAAUAAUUAAAUUCGACAACAAAGUGCUGGCCUAUGGAAUAGCCAGCAAUUAAAAAUUUUUUAUGCACCUGUCUCGUAAUUAAAAUAUAACUAUCAUUUAAAUUUAAGAACAUAUAUAUUUGUCUUUCGAAUAAGUUUUAAAUUCAAGUCGAUGUGUAAUUUUUAAAUCGACAACUAAAUAUUAAGUACGCAUAAUAGUAAAUAUAAUCAAUUAAUUGUAAUCAUAGAAUUUUUUAUUUCGUGUGUUUGGGCCGCGGAAGAAAAAAUUUAAUAAAAAAUAGGAAAAAUUUGUAAAGUAAAACUAGAAACACAUAAUGGGGUACGAUAAUAUUUACUUUUGGCAACGGUAAAAAUUAUAUUCCAUUAGUGCGCUGAGAAAAAUUAUUUGAAAAUUUAAAUAAAUUAUUCAUUUUAUAGACAAUUUUACCCGGAGAAAAAUGGAGACUAAAAAUGGACGAAUUUUUAUUGUGCUGUCGUCGAAACGUAACAGGAAGUGGCGUAAAAUAAUUUUUUGACGCAACUUCCUGUUUCAAAUUUCGUCGACUGCAUAAUAAAAAUUUGUAAAUAUCUUAAGCCCAUUUUUUUCUGUGUAUGAAUUAAGAAAAUUUGUAAUUGCCACAAUAGCAAUAACAUGUUUACUUGAAUCAAGUAGUUUUUACAUGCAACUGCAAAUUAAUUUUCUCAGUGUUUUUAGUUUUCUUUCCACUAGUAGUUAAAAAUAAAUUUUAAGUUCUGUUUUUUCCGUGUGAAAAUUUAUAAUAAAACUCUCAUCAAUUGUAUUGUAAAUGAUUAUUGUAAAUGUGAAGAUUAUUCACUUCAAUCAAAUUUCAAAAAAAAAUAUAUAUAUGUAUAUAUAUAUUGAAAAAAUAAACCCUACAAUUCAGAGUAAACUUGGGCCGAAAUAAAACUAAAAAUUACUUAAAAUUGAGUAAUUUUUACUUUAUAACCAAACAAUAUUUAGGAACACCAGAGAAAUUAUUCGUCCUGGCCUCAAUUUACUUGUAAUUGUAGAGUCAAAUUUGUUAUAUAAUUUUUCUAUGUGUAGUCCUUAUUUAGAUUGGUUUUAAAUUCUGGAGCUCUUGUGAAUUUAAAUGAUUUGAAAUAAAUAAAAAAUUUAUCUGCCGAAUCUUUGGGUUCUUGUCUUGAGUCAUAGGUUAGUUCUAACCUGCAAACAUUGAUAAUGUUUUUUAUUUAUGCACAAUGAUAUUUGAAAGACCGAAUAAUUCUUUUCGUUCUUUCAUUCUUAAGUGGACGAACGAUACCAUCCUUGUUAAUUUACACAAUUAAAUAAAUCUUAGUCAAGUUUUUUGAAGAAGUAAAAAAUAUUUGGACAUAUCUUACAACAGAGUGUAACAUAUUAGGUUCUGCUCUUUAUUUUAUAUGAAGAGCUUGAAUUUUUCAAAAAAUUAUAAAUGAAAAUUUCUGAUGUCUUCUUGAAAAAAAUUUGAAACCAAGCAAAUUUACUUUGAUACAAAUUAGUAAAAAUUACUAUUUGGCAGUAAAUAAUCACUCAUUGCUAGUGAAAAGUGAACCACUAUUUGAAUUAUUGGUGUACUUUUUACUAAUUAAUUGUGAAAAGUUACUACUUUUAUCAUUUCAAUUUUGAGAACACGCAUUUUUAAUUUUUGUUCAUAAUUAUAGUCGUCCCGAUGAAAACUUGGGAUUUUUUUCCCACCAGUUCUUUCCCCUACCACCAUGAUAUUAGAAUGGGCGCAUGCGCCAUUUGAAUGUGCGCAUGAGCAAAGCCACCAAAACUAACAUUUAAAGGGCGGGGGAAGAAACCGUGGUGGGGAAAAAAUCCCAAGCUUUCGUCGGGAUGACUAUAGCAUCAUUGUGUACGCAAGCGUACACUGUAGAAUAUUUCUAUACACGGAGAAAUUAUUCUUGUUCACGGAAAAAAAUUGUGGUUCUUCUACACGGAAAGAUUGGAACCCGACUGGUGACUGUUCUGCACCCGACUCAGUACAGUGCUGGAAAAAAAUGCUCGAUUGUGGUGCUGCACCACAAUCGAGCAUUUUUUUUUAGUUAGAUAUACAUUCAUCAUUGAGUAAAUCAUUUCCGUUAAUCAGGGAAACACGUGGAAAAAUGACUCUGACCAUAGUAAAAUGUACAGAGGUUACAGUAAUAUGUAAUUCAACCAUUGGAAGUCUUUCUAUGGUCAUAAUAAUUUUUGCAUGUGUUUAUUUAAAUUUCCGUCAGGUGGCCGAUAUCCGGCUUUACUAUGCUAUCAUAGCAAUUCAAACGAGAAUAAUUUCUCCGUGUAUUUAUGAACAUUUGGAUGUUCCAUCUGUAUAUUCGAUUCGGAAUGAGCCUAUUAAAAGCUCGGAAAAGUGAACGCGAUAAUUUUAGAUUUUUAUAAUGGAUACCAGUAUUUAUAGCCAAUAUAUAAUUAGAGCUAUGCUCCGUUCAAUUUUAACAGAUUUUUAACGGCCUAAUUUAUGGAGAAUUAUAGUCAUUAAAUAGUAAAUACAGCUUUUUUAAUUGUUUUUCCGAGGCCAGUAAAAUGCAGUGACGCGCUUGUUAAUUUUUAAGUUCAAUAUAUUUCUACUGAUCAUUGCAUAGGAUGGCAUUCAUUUUUGUAGUGUAAUAAUCGUUGCUUUUAUUUAUUUCAAAGAUUUAAAUCCCAUAGGCAUCAAUAUUUAAAAUCAUCUUCAAAUAAAGUCUAUCCUAAUAUAUAUAUAGUUAAUUAAGCUUUUUUGUUACUGUAAUCCGUCAAAAUUGAAUAAACUAUUUCGUAAACAUUAAAGUGUUUUAUUUUUUUGUAUCAAGACGAAAGUCGAUGAAUUUAAAAUUAA